GUUCUCCCCUCCCUACCUACUCUCUGAAAUCUUGGGACAAUCUGCAUGCACUCAACUUCAGUGCAGAAGUGUUUCGGCAGGGUAGAGUGAAGAGCAGAGACAGACGGUGAAAAAAACAGGGUUCAAAUGAACGGAGACAGGUUCAGAUAGACAACAAAAGUGGGCCAAGAGUAAAAGCCAGAAAAACUUUCAAAAGCAGGGCGAGAUAAAAGUGUAGAGAAAGUCAGGGUGAAAGACAGGCGGAGAGUAAAAAGGAAUAUAUUCAGUUCUAAAAAAGAAUGGGCUUCCUGGUGAGCAGUGCUGCUGUUUUUUUCUUAACCUCUCUGCUUGCUGUGCUCUUUGGACUUUCUUUGGUCCAGGGUCAGGAUUUAAGAGAGAGGGAUGCACUAUGCAAUGAGGACGGCUGCUUUGUGGUUUACUUCCAACGCAAGACUUUUCUAGACUCAUGGAGGGCCUGCAAGGACAAAGGUGGCAACCUAGCUACCAUUAAACGCAAGGAGGAUGCCGCUGCUAUUGCCACGCUCUUCUCCACUCUGGAAUUGCGCCACUCGCGCACCAAUGUAAGGGUAUGGAUUGGUCUGCAGCGCCAGCCUCGCCAGUGUACCACCACACGCCCACUGCGGGGUUUCUCAUGGACUACUGGUGACCAGGACACAGAGUAUACCAACUGGCAAAAAGAAGACUCCCCUAGUAUGUGCUCAGUGCCACGCUGUGUGGUUAUGGGCUACGGCACUCAAGAGCAGAAUGAUAACUUCAAAUGGCUGGAUGGGACCUGCUCAGUCUCUGUAGAAGGGUAUCUUUGCCACUAUGCCUACAAAGGAAUGUGUCCUGCUUUGUGGAAUGAAGGGGCAGGCAAUGCCCUCUACACCACACCAUUUAACCUAUUAAGCACACUGCUAACCCAUUUACCCUUUGGAUCUGUUGCUACUGUGCCCUGCCCUGCAGGCACAAAGGAGGAACAGUCAGUUUUGUGUAUGCUGAAGGAAGAUGGCUCAGUGGGGUGGUCGAGAGAUUCCCCUCUCUGCUCUGAUCCACCCGUAUCACAAAAAUGGUGUGGCCAGAACAAUGGCGGAUGUGAGCAUUUCUGCAGGCCAGCCGGUGAUGACUUCUACUGUGAAUGUGCCGAGGGGUAUCAACUUGGAGACGAUGGGCAGAAAUGUGAGCUGUCUGAUGUUUGUCAAGGGGCCCCCUGUGAGUUUGAGUGCCUGCCUCUCUCAGAUGGGUACCGGUGUGCUUGCCCUGAUGGAUACAUGCUUGCACCAGAUGACUAUGGCUGUCUGGAUGUGGACGAGUGCCUCCAGAGUCCUUGUGAGCAGCUUUGUGUGAAUGCUCCAGGGACAUUUGAAUGUCAAUGUCGGGAGGGUUACCAUCCAGAUGAUGAGGGUGAGUGUGAGGAUAAAGAUGAGUGUUUAAAUGAGCCAUGUGAACAUGCCUGUGAGAACACUCAAGGCUCUCAUAUUUGCCAUUGCCAUCUGGGUUUUUCCCCAGUGCCUGAGGACCCCAGCCGAUGCCAAGACACAGAUGAGUGCCAGAUCCCCGGGACCUGCGAGCAGAUGUGUGUGAAUUAUGAAGGUGGAUUUGAGUGCUACUGCGAGGAAGGCUAUGAACUCAUGUCUGAUCACUUUUCAUGUCGCAAGAGAGGGGAUAGAGAUGACCAAUCUGCUGUGACCCCUCCUUUUCCUUGGGCCACCCACCAGCCUGGACCUGUAUGGGACCCUGCCGUCUAUGAAUGGUACCAGAGCCACACUGACCAUCCUCCAGAGAAUAAGCAAUCUCUGGACUUGCUGACUGACCAACCCAGAGUUUUGGAUUUUGAUGUAAUUUGGGUCACCAGUGCCCCUCAGGAGGAACACCACUUUGAUUUAGCACCGGGCCAUCCAACACAGCUGGCAGACGAAGAUGGGGAAGACAUAGCCAAUAAAGGAGUUGAGUGGGGGCAGAGAUCUGAGUUUGAGCUGGAUGUUUUGCCAACCACCAUCUACACCACACCUCCGACCACCACCAGCUCCAGCACUACCCAAGACUGGUAUGAAGAGGACGACGAUAAUGAGGAGGAGACCACAGCUUUGCCGUUCCGUUCCACUUCUACAAUCUCUGAGGGAGCUUGGAAUUGGUGGGCGGGGCUUACCACUUUCACCCAGAAACCAGGAAAUCCAGAGGAUUUAGCCAUAGAUCCCUACAUGCCUACAGAUUCCAGCCACCCCAUUGAGGCAGAAGAACAGUACACCAUUAGAGUAAACUAUAAGCUCCCAGAGGAGGAGUUAGGGGAGGAGGAAAACGACUAUGUGGAAAUCACACACCAAGACCCCGCAGUUCCCACCCAGCUUACUCCUUCCCAGCCACCCCUGGAUUCUGUCCAGAAAGACAAAGGGCAGAAACAGAGCAGCAUCUGGCUCUUGGUGGGCCUCCUAGUGCCCAUAUGCAUCUUUGUUGUAGUAAUGGUGGCGCUGGGCAUCGUCUACUGCACCCGCUGUGCUGUUCAUUCACGCAACAAGAAUGCCACUGACUGCUACCACUGGAUCUCUGGGGCUCAUGAUAAACAGGGAGCUCCAAACCCCGCAGCAGGGGUCAAGACCCAUGUUUAAAGAGAGAAGAGAGAACAUUAAACAGAUUCUGCUUCAGAGGUAAGCAAGAGUGAAUAAUGGACGUGGUAAGGGACAAGCUGACUGUGGAACUGCCCACUCUUUGAACACAUUUUGAUAUUACUGUUGAAUAUCAAUUGACAGAUAUGGGGAAGGGACACUUAAAACCACUGACCGUUUUUUAGGAUAGGGUUGGUAUGUGGUACAAACUGCUUUGAUGUUUCAUACACUGACCACACAGCGCAAGAUCUGAUUACUUACAUCAAUGCACUAGGUUUCAUUAUUAUACAAUAUUAGUGUCUUCAUUAGAAAUGU